AUGGAGAGAAGCAUGAGAAGCCUCACAAGACAUUUUGAGCCGGUGGCUGGUCCCAAAAGCGGUGAUCAAAAUGGGGAGACUCAGCCUCCCCAUGAUGAGCAACAACAGGCACCAUUAGUUCCACCAUCAGUCAACAUUGUUCCACCACAAAGCGAGCCAGAGAGACAUUCCAUAGACGAAGCUUCUACCGAAAGUUAUAAAAAUGGAAGUAGAGAGGACAAGAACUUCUCUCUAUCAAACAUCUUCAAGUCCCGUGGGGCCAAUAAUCGCAAGAAGACGCUCCCAAAGCUCUCAUUGAGGACAAGUUCAGUAGCCAAGGGGCACAGCGGAUCGCCGCACCUUUCGGAGAGAUCCUUCUCGCAAAGCUCAGCAGAGCACUCUUCAGCAACAAGACUGCGAAGGCGGAGCAAUGAAAGCCGGUCAUCGCACUUAUCUUCGAAUAGCGCCACAGAUCAACCACCGCGGUCAGCAAAAGUUCUAUCAUUCAUUGAGGCUGACGACAUGGAUGAGUUUAAGGAUCUCCAGAAAGAUUUCCAUAGUGCGGUGAAUAACGAAGGCCUUACCUGGCUGCCGCAACUGAACAGCCCUAAGGGCACCGUUAGUGACAUCGAUGGACCUAGCGAAGACCUCGAGCCAGAUCCCGAAGAGAAUACGUAUGUCGGUAUCGCGGAUAGAAUGAUGGUGGGUAGCUCUGCCGCAGAAUCAACUCGGCCUAGCAGCACGCCAAAGAAAGAUACGGCAGAAAGCCACAUGUAUGAAAAGGAGGAGGGUGAUACGACAUUUGUCGUCGAGGUAGCGGAUCCAAAUGAUAUACCCGGUAGAGGAUCAAAGAAGCCAGUAAAGCUUUACGGUAAUUCAUUAGGAAUGAUUUCGCCCACAAAUCGUAUCAGAAUUAAACUCGCCAUGCUUCAUUGUGAUCACAGGUACAAGAUUUUUUAUCAACUGUUAUUGAUGUUCUUCACGGCUUUAAUGGCCUUUCGAACAUACCAUCCGUCGCAGUUAUUCUUCAUCUACAGUUUCACUUAUUGGGCUGAUUAUCUGGCGUUUUUCUCAUGCAUUAUGUUUACUCUCAACGAUGUUACCAAAGUCGUUGCAUUUGGGUUUUGGGACGACUCACAAAUGUUCGCCGCCGAAGGGAAGGAAUACAAGUCGUUGGCAGACACGUUUGGGAUUACUAAACUUCACAAAAGCUUGAGAGAUAAGUAUGGGUCUCGAAUCGUAGAUUUCAUUAUUCCGUUCAAGAUUGUCGGUGAAGAAGAAGAGGAAAAAUAUCAAAUGAAGGCUCUAGCAACAGGUUUAAGAAAGACAUCUUCAUUUGACGACAAAGUGAAUAAUAAAUUCCAGUCUCCAAGAGCUUUUUUGCGUUCUUCCUGGAACAGGAUUGAUUUCACUUCAACGGUAUGCUUUUGGAUCGGACUGUUUCUUGCCAUACACAGGUACGAUACCAGGAAUGGGAUACGGAUUUUCAAAACGCUGGCAGUUUUGAGGAUUUUGAGAUUGGUCAAUACUGAUACAGGUUUAUCUUCGAUCUUAAGGGGUGUGAAGCAAGCUAUACCCCAGCUGAUAAACAUAGGAUCGAUGUUAGUUUACUUUUGGGUCUUGUUUGGAGUUUUAAGUGUCCAAAGCUUCAAGGGCUCUUUACGUCGGCAGUGUGUUUGGUUCAACCAGGAUGAUCCUACCGACACUUAUCAGUACGAUAUGCAAUUCUGUGGCGGCUAUCUUGAGCCGGGGACAAAAAAGCACAUGCCGUACCUUUUCGAAGAUGGGACGGCUGGUCCUGUCUCAAAGGGUUUUCUCUGCCCCGAGUAUUCCAAAUGCAUAUCUAACGCCAAUCCGUAUAAUGGCAGAGUGAGUUUUGACAAUAUUGUUAACGCAAUGGAGCUGGUUUUUGUUGUAAUUAGUGCUAAUACGUUCACCGAUUUGAUGUAUUAUACUAUGGAUAGUGAUGAGAUGGCGGCUAGUAUUUUUUUUGUUGUCACAAUCUUUGUUCUAACGAUUUGGUUAAUGAACUUGGUUAUAGCAGUCUUAGUUACGUCGUUUGAAUUGGCCAACGAGAAGUUCAAAAAACAAAAACUGGAAGUGAAGAUGCUGGAGAGUUGGCCCAUCCGGAUCACUCAAGGUUAUUGGAAGUAUUUUCAAGUGAAAGCCCAACAAACUAGGAUUCCUCCUUGGGAAGAAAAGGGUCAAUAUUUGCUUGAGAAGACAGAGAUUGUUUUUGUUGUAUUAAUUGUCGUUGAUCUCGUUAUGAGGUGCAGACUCGACAGCUCAGUUUCUGAUCACUACAGUCAGGUGUUUUUAGAAACUGAUCUAAUAAUCUGCUCUUUACUAUUUUCGGAGUCUGCUAUGAGAGUCCUUCUUCAUAUUCACAAUCCAUGGAGGUUCCUAGUUAAAUGGAGCUACGUUUAUGAUUUGGUGGUUGGUGUUGCUGCGCUCAUCAUAACUACACUAAAGUUUCAUGGAGCAAUAGAUCAUACGUAUUACUGGCUUUCGAUUGUCCAUAUAAGCAGGUUUUAUCGCGUUGUUUAUCUGUUCGGUUUUACAUCAAACCUAUGGAAACGCGUUCUUGGCAAUCGGCUAAUGAUUUGGAAUCUAUCAGCGUUUUACUUUUUCUUCACCUUCUUAGUGUCCAUUAUACUUUCCGUGUUCUUUGAAGGUGUUGUACCAGAUGAUGCGAUGUCUGAACAGCAAUUUGCCAUGUACUAUCUUACCAAUUCCUUUCUCUCUCUUUUCAUCAUUGGUUCAACUGAGAACUGGACAAGUAUCCUUUACACGGUGCAGAGCUAUUCGCCUAAUAUAUCAUCCUCAUUCUUCAGUUCAGUGGUGUUGAUCAUAUGGUUUAUUCUUUCCAAUUCCGUGAUUCUGAAUAUUUUCAUUGCCUUGAUCUCAGAGACUAUGGAGGUGAAAGAAGAGGAAAAAAGGCCAUUACAAAUUAAGCAUUAUUUGAAGUACAUCUAUCCCAGAAAGAUAAAAGAAUACACACAUGCUACGUUUCUUGAACGAUUGCGCAGGAAGCUGUUUCGUAAAGACAAAGCAGAGGAUUCUAGAGACUUUAAGCAGUUCCUAAUGAGAGGAACCGCGAUCAUGAAUAUAGCUCAGUCUCUCGACGGACUUACGGAUGAGGUCAAGAGUGAUUUUCCUACUAUUGAUUUGCCUCCGAAUAUCAAAGUCUCUUUUGAAAGCUUGACAUAUUAUUUCUCAUUUCUGCAAAAAUUGAGGAUAUAUGCAAACAAUCCAUUUUACAGGAAACCGGAGGUUCUUUUCACUGAAUGCGAUGAUGGACCACAUAGAACAUUCAUUUUACAGCUUAAUGAGUUUGAAGAUGAAAAGCUUAGCUACCUAACAAAGCACCCUUCUUUCAAUUAUUCCUAUUUCAUAUUGCCACCACAUCAUGCUUUUCGAAGGUUCUGUCAAUGCCUGGUACCUCCUAGUGUAGGUAAACGAACCGACGGUGUCCGCUUUUAUGACGAUGACACUGAUUUAUAUGGGCAGAAAGUGUAUUUUCAUCGAAUUGAAAGGGAUCUCUUUGUGUUGUGUACGACGGUUGUGACUAUUCUACUAAUUGUCUUUUCCUGUGCAGUAACACCUUUGUACAGAAGACAGCACAAUUUAGGUACAUGGAGCUGGCCCACUUACCUGGACUGCGCAUUUGUCGUCGUCUUCACGGUGGAAUUUAUCGUGAAAACUGUUGCAGAUGGUGUUUUUUACACGCCGAAUGGCUACUUAAGAAACCCGUGGAAUGUCAUUGAUUUCAUCGUUUUGAUAUCCUUGUGGAUAAAUUUCAUUGCCUUUGUUAAAAAUGAUGGUGACUUAUCUAGGAUUUUUAAAGGCCUGACGGCCUUGAGAGCUCUGAGAUGCCUAACGAUUAGCCAUAUGGCGAGACAGACAUUCAACUUGGUUGUGUUUGAUGGAAUUAAAAAGAUAUUUGAAGCUGCUUUUGUAUCAUUAACAUUGUUAUUUCCCUUCACUGUUUGGGGAAUGAACAUUUUUAGAGGUCGGCUUGGUACCUGUAAUGACGGAACAAAAGAUCAGAGUUCUUGUUAUAAUGAAUUUACUAAUACUGUUUUCGAUUGGGAUAUUCUGAUGCCUCGAGUAUAUCAGCAACCUGAGUUGCAUCUGGAUUCUUUUGGAAGCGCCUUUAGGUCCUUAUAUGAGAUAGUGUCUCUUGAGGGUUGGACUGAUUUGCUUCAAAACAUGAUGAACAGCACUGGAAUUGGGACAGUUACUUCAUUCUUUGCAUCACCUCAAAACGCAAUAUUUUUGGUCCUUUUCAACUUCCUGAGUAUGGUUUUCAUCUUAAAUUUAUUCGUUUCUUUCAUCAUUAAUAACCAUGCUAAAACAACAGGAAGCGCAUAUUUUACCACUGAAGAAAAGUCUUGGCUAGAGGCCAAGAAAUUGCUGUCUCAGGCUAAACCCAAAUCAAUCCCAUGUCUAUUCGAGCUAUCAAGCUCCCGAAGGUUUUUCUACCGAUUAGCUGUUGAAAAAAGCAACUUUUAUUAUGCUUCGAUAUUGCAAUUGUUCCUAUAUCUACACAUAAUAAUGCUGCUUUGCCGCUCUUACAAUAAAGCAGGGACUCAAAUUCAGUUUGAGGAUGUUUUCUUCAUGAUAUCAACUACCAUCUUUCUAGUUCAGGAACUUUUCCAUCAGUAUGGCGAGGGCCUGAGACUGUACAGGAAAUCCACUUGGAACCGACUUCGGUUUGCAAUAGUCGCCACAUCCUUUAUCCUCACAGCCAUGGGGCUCAGCUUGUCUACUAAUGCCAAGUCGUUCAAUAACUUGAAGGAACUAUUCCACUUAAUGUUUUUUAUCUUCAUCAUACCGCAGAAUGACAUGCUCUCUGAAUUAAUUCAAACUGCUGUGGCAAGCUGGCCACCCAUUCUAUCCCUUACUUAUACGUGGGGAAUUCUGUUCCUGGUAUAUGCCAUUGCUUUAAACCAAAUUUUUGGCUUAACUAAGUUAGGACCAAAUACAACAGGAAAUAUAAAUUUCAGAACAAUUACCAAAUCCCUGAUAGUACUGUUUCGCUGUAGCUUCGGUGAAGGCUGGAAUUAUAUUAUGGCUGAUUUAACAGUUAGUACUCCCUAUUGUUAUUCGCUUCCCGGAUCUGACAGUGAUUGCGGAUCUGAACUAUAUGCCUAUCUGUUGUUAAUGUCCUGGAAUGUUCUAUCAAUGUACAUUUUCGUCAACAUGUUCAUUUCGCUUAUCAUGGGUAACUUCAGUUACGUUUACCGUAAAGGAGGUUCAAAGUCACCAAUUGGCAGGAGGGACAUAUUAAAUUUUGUUGAAGCAUGGGCCAAAUUAGAUACAGAUGGUUGUGGAGAAUUAGAGUUUUCCUUUUUACCUAAACUCAUGCACUCCUUCAGCGGUCCACUGAGUUUUUGCAUAUGGGAAGGAAGACUUACCGUCAGUAAUCUGGUUAAGAACUAUAUGGAGGUGAACCCAGAUGAUCCUUAUGACAUAAAAAUAGAUCUGGCUGGUCUCAACAAAGAGCUUUCAUUGAUAGAUAAGCGUAAAAUUAUCCAGAGACGUCUUCAAUAUCGAAGGUUUGUGCAAGAGGUAUACCACAUUGAUGCAUAUAGUGGCGCAAUGAAGUUCUCAAAUUUACUACAGCUGGUUCCUCUUUAUACCACUUACGAUCCGAGAGAAUGCCUAGGCAUCGAUGAAUACGUGCGCCACCUAUACAACCUGGGUAAAGUGGAUAAGUUCUUGGAGAAUGAGAAGAAUGUUGAAGUCUUGAAUAUGGUUGUAACCAGAUGGAAGUAUAGAGCAAACAAAAGGAAUAAAAUACUUAAGAGUUCAACUAAUGUUCAGACGUUUGAGCUUAACUCCAAUCCGUUUGAUGAUGCAACAGAGAGAGUUUCUAGUGAACUUAAUGUUGCAAGUACUCCUCUAAUGGACUUUGGUGUGGACCAAUUCAUAUGGUCUCCAAGAAACAAUAAGCAUGAGAAAAACAAUGGCAAGCUUUAA